AUGAAGAUUUCAAACAUACUACAGAGGCCUCCUCCUCGUUAUGUCGUGGCUAGUAUUCUGUGCUCGCUAGGCGGUUUUCUAUUUGGUGUUGAUACUGGAAUUAUUGGCCCUGUUACUGUCAUGGACUCAUUUACCAAGGCUUUUGGCCAUCCGAGUCCUAGCCUACACGGACUCAUUGUAUCUUCAAUUCUUAUCCCUGCGGCUAUCUCCUCGUUCCUAGCUGGUCGUGUUGCCGACGUUCUCGGUCGGCCUCCAGCAAUUGCUAUCGGUUCUGCUAUCUUUGCCCUUGGUGCCGCCAUUGAGGCUGCUGCUGUUCAUCUCGGCAUGUUUGUUGCUGGCCGUGUGGUUGCAGGCAUUGGCGAGGGACUCUACUUGGGCACUUUGGUCGUGUAUAUAUGUGAGAUCUCACCAGCACGGCACCGCGGGAGCCUUACGACUGCGCCCCAGCUACUCAUAACCACUGGGCUGGUUGCAGGGUUCUUCACAUGCUAUAGAUCUGUGAGAAUCGUGACUACCCUCUCCUGGCGUUUACCAUUUAUUCUUCUGGCCUCAUACUCUGCCAUAUUCUCAGUAAUUUCUUAUGUGUUUCUGCCACCUUCUCCAAGGUGGCUGGCUGACCUAUACGGUCAGAACACAGCAGAAGUCGAGGCGGCUUGGGAUCGAUUAGGUGUACUGGCUGCCGAUCGAGAAAUUAUGACAGGGCCGAACCGGGAAGAAGAGCGAAAGGCAAAAUCAAAUUAUGCUCCUCUACUGUUUCAACAAGCUGGCCUCACAUCAAAAGGAGAUACCUUCCUUGCCUCGGGAGUCUCUGCUAUAGUCAUAUGUGCAGUUACCAUUCCAGCUACGAUUUGGGCUGAUAGCUGGAGCCGCCGUCGGAACACCAUCUACGGCGGCCUUGGGAUGGCCACGACCAUGUUCAUUAUUGGCGGACUAUAUGCUGGAGAUGCUGUACAUGCCUAUGGCGCAGGACGCUGGAUAGCUGUCGUAUCUAUUUAUCUCUACACGGUCAUAUUUUCCAUCUCCUGGGCCGUUGGUGUGAAAAUCUACGUUGCCGAAAUCCAACCACAACGAACCCGAGCCAGUGCUACUAGUCUUGCCCAUGGCAGCAAUUGGCUGACAAAUUUCCUUGUUGCUCUCGUCACACCAACGCUGCUUGCAAACACUAGCUAUGGCGCCUACUUUCUCUUUGGCAGCUGUACCUUCGCCACGGCCAUAGUUUGUUGGCUAUUUAUGCCCGAGACUCGGGGCCGCACGCUAUCCGAAAUACAGGAGGCGUUCCAUGCAGGCCAUGCUACCGGAGUUGAGACUCCUGCGAGAGUGAUUUGGAGAAGGGUAGCCUUUACAUGUAAGAAGUUAAAUGCUGUUUUGGUUUACAUUACUAGCCCUUCAUUGUUGGAGUACGAAAUUACUUCCCUUUGCCUCACCACAACUGUUUUCACGUCUCAUAUAAGUCAUUAUCAAUCAAGCCUUUUUUAA